UCUUAGAUCACGGUCGAUAUUCUCGUCAUUAUAGGAUAUACAUUAUCUCAUUCCUUGGAAGUCUGACUGCCAGGAAAUUAUCCCUAAGGUAAACAGUUGGCAUGGCCAUACAUGCGGCCUGUCUUAACUUAAAUGGGUUACGACUUCGUACAAGGUUAUCAAUACUAUGCAAUACUGCCAAGUGUUAGUUGCUUCUUGCGCAUGGGUCUACUAUGUCAAUCACUACCUUUUCAUCCGUAGCAGUACUCUUCGAGAAAGGCGAGACCUUUUCGGGACCGCUUGGAUUAAUUACGGCAUUUGCAGGAAUGCAUUAGUCCAGGUUCAGAAGCUUGCCCGCAGCUAUAGGGUGUAGAGGAGAUAUAAGGAGCAAGCAUGUCGCCUUCGCUCAGAGAGGCUAGAGAUCACUUCAACAACUUACAAAAUCUUUCAUUCAAGCAACAGACAUAAGUAGCGGAUUCAAUCAGCAUAAUGGCUAUGGCUCUUGCAGCUGAUUACGUUUUAAACCAUUUAAGCCAACCAUAUGGCAGCAGCUUCUGGAUGGCAGCCGCUGCAUCCUUGGUG